AUGGGUGUCCGUCCCUUGGUUCGAAGGGCUCGCACGGUCUUCCAACAUCUGGCAUCCGGUGACGGAGAUUGUAUCGACGAUGAGACUAUUGAGCAACGCAUAGUCAGAGAAAAUCGAAGACAAGAAAAGGGUUCCUUGGAUGAUAGCGUCCAUCCGUCCAGAAGCGACAGCGGCUCGGGAUCAUGGAAUGACCAGCCGGAUGAGACCGUCCAACAUGGUGUUCAAGAUGUCGAGGCCGUGACUAUGACUUGGUCGAAGACUACCUUGAUCCUGAUUUUUGUCAAUAUUUGGUUCCUUUACUUUGUUAACGCCUUCCAAGCCACAAUUUCUGUCAGCUUGAAUCCUUACGUGACAAGUUCAUUCAAGGCCCAUUCACUCACAGCCGUACCUACUGCUAUAGGCGAUGCAUUUGCAGCUUCAACCUACCUCCCUAUGGCAAAAAUGAUGGAUGUAUGGGGUCGCGCAGAGGGAUUUCUCCUGACGAUCGUCUGCUUAACCAUCGGACUGGUUCUCAUGGCAGUAUGCGACUCUUUUGAGAUCUACUGCGCCGCCAAUGCGUUCUAUUAUGUUGGUUUCUACGGCUCUGAGUAUGCUAUCGACGUUAUUACGGCAGAUGCGUCGAGUUUGAGAAAUCGGGCCUUUGCAUACGCUUUUACCUCUUCCCCGUAUAUUAUUACCGCGUUCGCGGGGCCAAAGGUCGCGGACAUUUUCUACUACAACAUUUCCUGGCGCUGGGGAUUUGGUGCUUGGGCAAUAAUUACCCCCCUUUUCGCUGCGCCUCUAUAUACAAUGCUGAAAUACAAUCUGCAUAAGGCUCAAAAGGAAGGAUAUCGAGUUAAGAGACCCAGCGGUCGAACUUUUCUUGAGAGUCUCUGGCAUUGGACCGUCCAGUUUGACUUCUUUGGCAUCGUAGUGUUCACUGCUGGUCUUAUUUUGUUCGAACUCCCCUUCGAUAUCGCAGACUACGCACCUGAGGGCUGGGCUUCGGGCUACAUCAUUGCUAUGCUUGUCAUCGGCUUCUCGAUGCUCUUCUUCUUUGCGAUUUGGGAGACGUGGCUCGCGCCUGUACCGCUUCUCGAGUGGCGAUUGCUCACCGAUCGUACAAUUGUUGGUGCGGUCCUCUUGGAUGCCACCUACCAAUUAUCGAAUUACUGUUGGAGCUACUACCUCACAUCUUGGCUACAGGUCAAUAAUGACCUGACGAUAUCUACUGCCAACAUGGUUAACAAUAUCUUCGAUGUGAUUUCCGGUGUUCUCCUAUUGUUCCUUGGUUGGGCUAUCCGUGCAACUGGUCGUUUCAAGUGGUGUCUUUAUAUCGCAAUUCCUCUCUACAUACUUGCGCAAGGUCUGCUCAUUCACUUCCGUCACCCGAACAUGAGUGUUGGCUAUCAGGUGAUGUGCCAAAUAUUGCUUGCUAUCGGUGGCUCCAUCUUCAUUCUGGUGGAACAACUGGCCAUCCUAGCCGCAGUUGGCCAUCAGCAUGUUGCAACUGCUCUGGCCUUGUUAAACGUCGUGGGUACAAUUGGUGAUUCCACCGGGCUCACCAUCAGCACCGUUAUAUGGCAAAACACAUUCAUGAAAGCCCUUCUGCGAUAUCUUCCCGAGUCGGCAAUGCCAAACCUGAACAACAUUUAUGAAGAUCUCGUGACACAGACCAGUUAUGCAGUCGGAACUCCAACCAGGCUUGCGAUUCAAAAGGCAUACGCCUACUCUGAGCUCAGACUCCUUGCUGUCGGAUGUGGCAUCAUGAUUUUAGCAAUCCCUUGGACGAUUCUCAUCAAGGAUAUUGAUUUGAAGAGAAAGGUUCAGGUUAGGGGAACGGUAUUAUAG